AUGAAGUUUUUACUUCUGUUCUUGGUCAGCGUCGCAUUCGCUAGCGAUUUGCUAGAAAUUGAUGUUUUGGAUGACCUGUUGCAUAAUGACUGGGACGAGGAACGACUAGACAGGUUAGACGACGACAAAUACAGACCUCGUUCACAAAUUCUUGCUGAUGUCGAAGCUCUUGUACAGCAGCAACCAGCAUAUAUCCAGCAAGCGUACCGAUCAUCACUUCAAGCUGCGCAGGCCAGAAAGACCCAAAGACAACAAUCUCGAUUACAAUGGCUAAGAAACAACGGUGCAUCACAAAACGUAAUAAGUGUCCAAGAACAAAUGAACGCCAUCGACAAUGACAUGUCAUUGUCGGAGCGUCAAGCAGACAGUCAACGUUAUGCACUUUACAACAGCUUAAGCUUUGAAGACAGGAGGCGUUACUUCUAA